UAAACACAAUGAAGAAGAAGUGAGUUAAAUUUUCGCGUAAACGCAUAUCAGUGGACAGAUUACCGAUUAAAUGAAACUGAAAUGGGUGACAGAAAUCUACCAGCAUGGAUGAACAGUAAAUCCCAUCAGGACAAACACACAUUGGGAGUCUAUAAAAAGAAUGUUUUGGAAGACGAUCUUCCUUACCUGGACUUUUGUGGGACAGUCAUAUAUAGCCAUGAAAAACACGACUGCUCAUUUUUGUCAGAAGAUUUGAGAUCAACUGUGUCGUCUGAAUCAGUGGUGGGAUUUGAUCUUGAAUGGCCGCCCACCUUUACUAAAGGAAAGUCAAAGAAGGUGGCUUUAGUUCAGCUGUGUGCAUCAGAAGAGAAAUGUUACCUGUUUCAUAUCUCCUCAAUGUCAGGCUUUCCACCUGGCCUGAAGAUGUUUCUGGAAGAUGAGAGUAUUGUGAAGGUUGGCGUAGGAAUAGAGGGCGACAAGUGGAAGUUAUUAUCUGAUUAUGACAUCAGAUUGAAGAAUACACUCGAGCUGUCUGAAUUAGCCAAUGAGGCUUUGAAGUGCAGUGAGAAGUGGAGUUUGGAUGGUUUAGUCAAACACAUGUUAAAGAAACAGCUGUUCAAAGACAAAGUGGUGCGCUGCAGUAAAUGGGAUGAUUUGAGUUUGACAGAAGAGCAGAAGAAAUACGCCGCCACCGACGCUUAUGCUGGAUUGCUCAUUUAUCAGAAACUACAGGUUAUAAUGGAGUCUGAGAGAAGAGAGCCAUCAGGAUCUUCAGCGGUGGAUUUAAAGCAGAGAGUUUAUCAAAUCGCUCGUGAUCUCAAGGAUCUAGCUGAUGGUUUUCCUGAUGAACUGGGCAGCUCGGGCAGUGCUGCGAGAUUGGUGAACGAUCUCUCUCGGACUCUUACGUCUCUAAGAUGGUGCGUGUUAAAAAGCAACAGUGCGGCUGAUAACUCAUCAGGAGCAGAGUCAUCCGUACAACACACAGAUGAUGACACCGCGUCAUCUAAGGGCAAGAGUCAGUGCGCUGUCAAACAUAGUGAUGAUCAAACACAUAUGUCUGAAUAUGAGCUACAGAUGGUGGAGAUGCAGGCCAGGCAGGAGCAGUUGGAUGAGGAGUGUAUCUUAGCUUUCCAGACUCAGGAGCAGUCAGGCCAGCAUGACUCUUAUGAUGCCGAGAGUGAUGAAGAUCUUGAUGAUGAAAUGAUGAAGUGUGCUGAUGAUGUGGAGAAAGCAAAUAAUGGAGAGAAACCAUCACAGUCUGCUGCUGAAGAUGAAGAUGAGGACAUUGAAGAAGAUGAGGAAGACUUGUUUGAUUCAAGUAUCCCACAACCUGUUUCUGAGCAAAUUAAAUGUCUGAAAAUGUAUUUUGGGCAUCCCAACUUUAAACCGGUUCAGUGGAAAGUGAUUCAGUCCAUUCUUGGAGACAGGAGGGAUAAUCUUGUUGUCAUGGCAACUGGUUAUGGGAAGAGUUUGUGUUUUCAGUUUCCUCCAGUAUACUGUCAAAACAUCAGUGUGGUGAUUUCUCCUCUCAUUGCUCUCAUGGAGGAUCAAGUGCUUCACUUACAAAUGUCAAACAUUCCUGCUUGUUUUCUUGGAUCUGCACAGACCAAGAAUCUGUUUGAAGACGUGAAAAGGGGGAACUUCAGAGUCGUGUACAUGACACCUGAGUUCUGCUCUGGAAACAUCCAGCUGCUCGCACAGCUCAACCAAACCAUCGGUUUAUCUCUGAUCGCUGUGGAUGAGGCUCAUUGUAUCUCUCAAUGGGGUCAUGACUUCAGAAGUGCAUAUCGUGACCUGGGCAAACUGAAGAAAAAUCUCCCUGACGUUCCCAUUUUGGCCCUUACAGCCACUGCGAGUCCAUCUAUCCGCGAUGACAUCGUGAAGAGUCUUAAACUGAUCAAUCCCCUCAUGACCUGCACAUCAUUUGAUCGGCCCAACCUCUAUCUGGAUGUUAGUCGCAAAAGUAAUGACGUUAUCCAAGACCUCAAACAAUUUCUCAUCAAAAAGAAAGGGGGAGAUUAUGAGUUCGAAGGUUCUGCCAUUGUGUACUGUCCAUCUAAGAAAGAAGCGGAGCGUGUGACGGCAGCGCUGUGUAAACUGGGCGUCCUGUGUGGAGUUUAUCACGCUGGUCUCAGUAUGAAACAGAGGAGAGAAACUCAACAUCAGUUCAUGAGAGAUGAGAUUCAGUGUGUGGUGGCCACUGUUGCGUUUGGGAUGGGCAUUAAUAAGUCUGAUAUCAGGAAGGUCAUCCAUUACGGUGCUCCUAAGGAGAUGGAGUCAUAUUAUCAGGAGAUUGGUAGGGCCGGUAGAGACGGACUGCCCAGCUCAUGUCACGUCUUAUGGACGCCUGCAGAUAUGGCACUGAACAGAUUCAUUCUCAAUCAGUCCAAAAGCGAGCGCUUCAGAGAUUAUAAAAUCACCAUGAUGGCCAAAAUGGAGAAGUAUCUCAAUUCAACCAAGUGCAGACGAAAGUUGAUUUUGUCUCAUUUUGAAGACAAGCGUCUGAGGAAGGUGACGUCUGGGAUUCUGGGUAGUCAUCAGUGUUGUGAUAACUGCAGGUCAGGCAUGAACACAGUGGAUGCCGGUGGACUUCAGCAGGACUUUGGCGUGUGUGCGUAUCAGCUGAUGAAGGCCAUAAGCAUCAUGGAGGAAAGGUUUGGCAUUACAGUGCCCAUCCUCUUUCUGCGGGGCUCAAGCUCUCAGCGGAUUCCCGAUCGCUAUUGUAGGCAUUCACUCUUCGGCAUUGGCAAGGAAGUCUCGGAGUGUUGGUGGAAAGCUCUUGGCCGAGAACUCGUAGCUGAACAAUAUCUGAUGGAAGCUACGGGUCACAACAAAUUUUCCACCUUAUGCAAACUCACACCCAAGGGCAGAUCAUGGCUGAACGAUGCUGAAGAUGAGAAACACAGAAGACUUCUGCUGCAUCCUAACAGAGAUCUGUUCAGUAGAGUGUCUGUACCGCGGAGAAUGACAGGACAUCCAGUACAGGUUGGGUCUAAUGAAUACAAUAAACUGUCAGAUUACACACAGAGGUCAAAGGUCAGUACUGGAGUAGAUAGCCGUCACAUGAUGGAGAAAGCGGGCGUGUCCUGCAGAUCAGCAGUCAAGCAGUCCACACAAACUCCUGCUGUUAAACCUCAAACACCAACUGUGUCUCCUAAAGAAAUCCAGCUACAGUCAGAGUUGUACAGUAAACUGGUGUGUGAACGACAGAAGUUGGCCAAUCUUAAAGACAUCCCACCUGCCAUACUGGCCACCAAUAAGAUCUUACUGGACAUGGCCAAACUAAGACCGUGCACAGUCGGUAGCUUAAAACAGGUGGAUGGAGUUUCUGAAGCUAAAGCGGCCAUGUUAACACCUUUGAUUGACAUCAUCAGCAGUUUCUGUCAGAAACACAGAUUACAGGUGGAUGUUUCCAGCAGUUGUGCUUCAUCUCUCCAGACACAGUCCAUCAGCGAUUCAAUGAAGUAUUGUGUGUCUCUACCGGACAGUGUCUCCAUCACAUACAAACUCUAUCAGAUAGAGCACAAGAGCAUGAGGCAGGUAGCAGAUGCUCGCUCCGUGCCUAUGGCCGUGGUGGAGUCUCAUCUGUUACAGGCUCAGAAGAUGAAGUGUCCCUUAGACACAGAAAGAGCUGGACUCUCAUCAUUCAUCUAUAACACUAUCAGAAACACCAUCACAUCUCCUCCGCUCAACUCAGACAUGAGUGAUUUUAAAGCCAUCAGGUGUCGUGUCCCUGAAGAUAUCAGCAACUUUUUGCUCAAACUGGCGAUUUGUAAACUACAGAGAGAAGAUUUGCCAGCAGCAUCAUCAUCAUCUUCUGCACAUCAGGACAUCAGCUGGAUAGAGCCGCUGGAUAAAGGUGGACGUGCAGGUGAUCGUAUGAUUGAAGAGUCACAUUGCGAGUCAAACAUCAUGGAUCAGAGUGAAGAUGAACUCUUUAUUGAUCUUCCCAUGCCACAGGAUGAUUCGUCCUCCAGCAGUGAUGUCCGGCUCAAGUCAUGUGACCUGACUUCUCACAACACCGGUAUGGAUUUGGCCUCCUGGAAUCAGGACAACCUGGAUAAAGACACUCAAGAUCUCUUCAGCGAUUCACCGGUUAAGACUGUAAGUCAACCCGCUAAGAGAAAACUACCUGACUGGACUGAAGGACCAAACACUUCACUUACUGUUGCUACUGCCAAGAAAACUAAAAAAAAGAAAGGACUUUUCAUUUGAAAUCCAGCUGUGUAUCCAGCACAUUUUGUAUUUAGAAAUUUUGUACAGCAUUCCAUAUAAAUGUUUCAUGUUUAUGAUAAUUUGUAUACAGGUGUUGUUUGUAUCAGUCACUCUACUGUAGUUUAUUCCAUCUUUUAAAAAAUAUGUUGAAAUAAACACAGUUAUUAUAAAUAAUAUUCUGACUCUCUUAGCUUCAUAAUGCCAUUUUUAUGGGUAUUAAGAUUUUGAAUGUUCAGAAAGCACAUCCAUCCCUCAUUAAAGUAAUCCAAAUGAAACCAGUAAGUUAAUAUGCCUUCUGAAAUAAAAUGAUAUGUUUGUGAGAGAACUAGGUUAGUCAUCAAUAUGAAACUUAUGGUUCAAAACAGCAUAAAACAAAAUCUUUCCCAAGCUCAAGGACGCAAUAGACAUUAAACAAUCAUCAAGAUUAUCAUAAUGUUCAGAAUAAUUAAUCAGAACUUAUUCAGAUAAUAUUAAGAAAGGAUAUAUGUUUUGAGUUGAGACUCGAAGGAACGCAUGGUAGGUGAAAGUGACUUCCAUAAUUUUGGUGUCAUGACAUUCAAUGAUCUACAGCACCAUCCAUAGAUGACAGACGGGGAAAUGAGGUACAGUAAGGAGGAGUUUGGAGUCAGAUGAAAGAAGUGAGCGAUCAGGAGUGUAGAGAAACAACAAAUCUGACAGAUAAUGAGGGGAGUGACCGUUUACACACAUUUACAAGUUAAGAGAAUGAUUUGGUAUUUUAUGUGAACUGAGACAGCUAACCAAUAACAGUCAUUAAGUAACGGUACUGAGUGGUUAAAUUUUCUGGUCUUAGUGAUAACUAGCAGCAGAGUUUUGGAUAUGCUCUAGUCUGGAAAUCAUUUUGACAGGCAGAAUAAAAUAAUCAAGGAGUAGCAUUAUAAGAGCAUGUACCAAUGUUUUAACAUCAUCUGAGCUAAGAGCAGGCUGUAGAUGAGCAAUAUGGCGCAUAUGGAAAAUUUCUUACUGUAUAAGAUAUAAUCUGAUGUGUAUUAUCAAUAGUAAAAAUCUGAUUGUGCUUUUAACAGGGAUGGCAGACCAAAUACAAUUAGCUCAGUCUUAUCCGUGUUUAACUUAAGAAAGGUUUUGAAAUGAAUGCAUUCAAGAUUUGAAAGUGACUAGGGAUAAUAUGACCAAGAGGUAAUACAUUUAUCUUGUUGCUAAAAUCACAUGACUUUCCCAGUUUUGUUGAAAUA